AUGUCUACCCAUCUACUCUCACUCCCGGCGGAAACGCUAGACUCGAUAACCGCUUAUCUUCCCCAUCCUAUCGAUGCGCUGAACCUGUCCAAGACCUGCCGCUAUUUCAACCAGCACCUGAGCAUGCAGCAUAACAACAAGUUCUGGUACACGAUGCUCACCGGCAGUAGGUGGAGGUACGGACUUAGGCCCCUACCUGAUUGCGAAACUGGCUGGGUCCCAGGUGGAAGUUCGCAAUUGGUGUAUGACCCUGUCCGGGACUACAAAUCCUAUGUUCUGCGGGCCUUGGCACGGAACGGGUGCCAAUUUUGCCUAACGUCCAUGCAGCACCCCCUCAACAAGACAAACCGAGAUUGGUGCGAGUGCCAAGUAUAUGGGUUUAAGAUUUGCAUGCGAUGCUUGAAGGAACACAAUAUCUGUAGGACAUCCCCGCCUCCUCUUCCCCCCUCGAGUGAACCAUACUCUAACAAAGGCUCCAACAGCCAUAAGCAAAUUCCGGGGCCUAGGCCUAGACAUAACCACCAACCCGCCUAAAUCCAGCUCCGUAAAAAUCUUCUACCUAAAACUCAGGCGCGAGAUCUCCAUGACCUACUACUGGAAAUUCGAUAUCGAAUCGCUCUGCAUCGCGCAGUUCGGAAUAGGUCUAGGGAACCUGCAGCGACGGAGGGAGGAGGAAAAGCGGGCCGUAGAAGCCCGCAAGAAGACGAACCCGAGCCCAACGCGGAAGCUCCGCGACCAGGCCAAGUCAAACCUCGCCGAGUCCGUGUGGGCCGUCUGGAACGAGGAGGUGUACAGGCACCCCCGCGAGCGCUGGGGCAAGGACCUGACGAAGGAGCAGCUCCUUGCCUGGCUCUUCCUGCGACAGGAAGACACAGAGCCGCAGGGUGCCAACGUCACUGGGACUCUCUUCCGCUACCUCAAGCCCAUCCGUGGCAAGGCCACUUUUGCCGCGAAGGACCAGGAGUGGUACGACCUUGUAGCUCGGGAACUGCUGGAGUUGCUGAAGGAUCGAAAUUACGCCGAGGACGGAUAUCGUAGGCUUUCGUUUUCCUGGCAUUUGAAGAGGAUCACAGAUAUCUAUGAACAACUCCCGUUUGAUGAUAGGCCGGACUCCUAUCAAUGUUGGUAUGAGCAUCCCAACGGGGAGUUGGUCUACCAGUAUGAGUUACCGGAUUUGCUAUCGCAUAUGGAGGAGGAGCAUCCGGUAUUCUAUUGGUCUUCUGAUGAGUGGGGGGGGUUGCUCCCGGCAGCUUAG